UUCACUCCUUCUCACUAGUAGGUUAAUUAAAUAAAGGCAAAAAUUAAGUAGCAAUUACACUACGCCCCCCUCCCCCCAAAUUUCCCUCUUGUAUAAUGUUCACUAUUAAUUCUCCCAACCAGUUUCAUAUCGUACAGACUUCAGCAGAAAAAGAGAAUGGAAAAACGUUUGAAGCUAAGAAUAUGUAAAGCUGUUUCCUCCUUCCAUUCCUCAUGCCGUUCCAAAGACCCUUCCAUUCUUCCUCAAGAUCCUGUCCCUUCCUUCUUCCGAUCAUCAUCCCUUAACCCUAACACACAACUCAUCACCACCGUUGAUAAUUUCCCUAUCACCCCACCCCCUCCUUCCAUACCCCAUCACCAUCAGCAUCCUCAUCGUUCCUCCUUCAAACGCCACGUGUCGACGGCUCUGGUAACCGCCGGCUGCCGGUGUACCUCAAGGAAUGGAGAAGCAUACACAUCCGAUGACAGCCACACUAGGUCGUCACUUUCACAAGAAUUCAAGUGGCACACUGUUAAGAUCGACGAUGACACAGAACAAUCUCAUAGGAAAAUCUCUUACUCCUCUUCCUCCGACGAUUCUGAGAAUGAGGUUUUAGCCUUACCACCACUCUCUCAUUCCACAACAGAGAAAAACAAACGUCGAACUAAAAAGAAGAAAAAUAAAACAAGAUUUAGCAUGAGCACGUCCUCAGCUGAUGAAAGUGGGAAUUUUAGUAGUGAAAUUUGGGAUGAAGAAGAAGAAGAGUCUGAGACAUUAGUAUCAUCUAGUAGAAGUUUGGAGUUUUCUUCAAAUGAUUCAUCUUCGGAUUUAAACAAACAGUUGGAGACUAUAUACGAAACUACAAAGACAAGGCGUCAAAAAAGGACGAUUGGCAGCACCAAGAGGAGGGUGAAGCAUACAAAACGCAGCGUUUUGAUGGGCAUGAAUAUUGGGAGAAGGCUGUCGGUUUCGACUACAUCAUCGGACAACGAGCUCCCUCCGAGAUUGUCUGUGUUCAAGAAGCUGAUACCUUGUAGCGUUGACGGGAAAGUGAAGGAGAGUUUUGCGAUCGUGAAGAAAUCGGAGGAUCCAUAUGAGGAUUUCAAAAGGUCUAUGAUGGAAAUGAUUUUUGAGAAACAAAUGUUUGAGAAGAAUGAUUUGGAGCAACUUUUGCAGUCUUUUCUAUCACUUAAUGCUAAGCAUUAUCAUGGGAUGAUCGUUGAGGCUUUCUCUGAUAUUUGGAAGACAUUAUUUUCACCUAAUCAUAAUCAUACUUCUAGUAUCUGUAAUUUUAGUAGUAGUGAUUUUUCUUGUGUCAUAAAUCAAAAGAGUCUAGGGUUUACUAAUUAUAUAAUUCGAGCGCCGAGUGGGCUUGGAUCUCGAUUUACUGGUAUUAGUUAUGGUGAAAUUAGUUAUUAA